CGCCGCGCGGGCUACUGGCGGCUUAGCGCCGGCUCCACAUGCGUCCGCCGUUUGCACACCGUUUACCGCACAAUGGUAUUUGCGACUACGUGUAUCUAUCUCUUGCAAGAAUGUUUCUACGCAUACCAGGAAAAAAGUGACAUGGAAAAAUUGUCACGCGUCAUGUUCCUGUUGCUGUGCCAUGUGACGUCACUGGCGAAGCAGCUCGUGUUCCUCACGGACGCCGAUCGCAUAGAUCGCAUGGUCGCAGGUUUGGAUGGUAUCACUCUUUUUCCGAACACUAUAUUGUUACAUAUACAUAUACACACUGUACAAGUUGUGAAAUUGGAAGCGACACGGCGGGCGUUGCGGACACGCUCGGGCUUCGCGCACCGGCUGCUUAACUGCGCGGCGGCGCAUGUGGCGCGGCUACGGCGCGGCUACGCGGGCUGCGCGGCGUUCACGUGCCUGCUGUGGGCAGUUUUUGCUGCGCAGGCGCACGCGCGCCGACAGCCCUUCGAAUUUCCGCUUUGGAUCGGUGUCAACACUACUGACACUGUCGGAUUUGUGAUAGUUUUGCUGUAUACAUACUACGUCACGACGUUGGUUGGCAUCGCCAAUACCACGAUGGACGCUUUUAUAGCGACGGUACUCUACCAGUGUAAGACGCAGCUCAGCAUCCUUAGAAUGAAUUUGGAGAGGUUGCCGCAGAGUGCAAGCGCACUGAGCACAGCCAGCGGCCGGCGAAGAGACGACGUGUUCGCGGCGCUCUUUGUAGACUGCUGGUUACAAUACAAGAGAAUUUGCGAAACCGCGGGGCUGGUGCAGGACAUCUUUGGCGGUGCAAUCCUAGUGCAGUUCGGCAUCGGCGGCUGGAUACUCUGCAUGGCCGCUUACAAGAUCAUCAGCUUGGAUUUCAUCAGUAUCGAGUUUGCGUCGAUGAUUCUUUUUAUUCUUUGCAUCCUCACGGAAUUAUUCCUCUACUGUUACUACGGCACCGAACUUACUGAAGAGAGCACGCUGCUGGUGGACGCAGCGUACAGUAUGCGAUGGGCGGGCGAGGGGCGCGCGGCGCGGCGCCUUCUGCUGCUGCUGUUGGUGCGCGUGCACCGCCCUCUGCGCCUAGCCGCCGGACGCGUCGUGCCGCUCUCGCUCGACACCUUCGUCAAGAUUCUGAAGUCGUCGUACACUUUUUACGCUGUUUUACGACAAACGAAAUAG